AUGACCCGGCGUUUCCAACCGUCAGUUUACAUCGCGUCAUCCUAACAUCGACCCUCGGACUUUUUGUUCCCUCGUUCCCUUCUCCUUUCAUCAACUCCGCCGAGUUUUCGCAAACGAAGAAAUUACUCGCUGCGAGCCAUUUCCAACUUCUUGAACCCGAUAACCUCCUUGACCCACCCCCGCACUCGCCGUGCCCGUCUCCGAGGGGCACCACACCUACAACCAUGAACAUCAUUUACUCAACAGUAAAUAGCCUGCGCGACAGGUACACCCCCGCGAGCCAUACCUCAACGUUCCGCAACACGGGGGAGAUCACACCCGAGGAGUUCGUCGCUGCGGGCGACUACUUGGUCUUCAAGUUCCCGUCGUGGACCUGGGCCGACGCCGAAACACCGAGCAAGCGCAUUAGCCAUCUCCCGCCGGAGAAGCAGUACCUAGUGACGCGCAACGUCCCGUGCCACCGCCGCCUGAACGACGAUUUCGCUGGCGAUGCGGGCCACGAAGAAGCCGUGGUAGAGGGCGGCAAGAACAGCGAUGACGAUGGCUGGCUGCGGACCGGCGGCCUGACCAGUUCCCAGCCGCUCAAGGCGAGGGAUGUGCGGACGGUAGACGACGCUGGGAACGUCGGCGACCGCGAGGACGACGAAGACGACAUCCCGGAUAUGGAGGACGAGGAGGACGAUGAGGCCAUCAUCCAUGAUGAUGGGAAUAGCAAGCACAGCGGGAGCCGAACCUACUCGUUGUACAUUACCUACUCGCCGUGGUACAAGACCCCUCGGAUGUACAUGUUGGGGUAUCAACCCAACGGCUCAGCCCUCGCUCCGCACCUUAUGAUGGAGGACAUCGUUGGCGACUACAAGGACAAGACGGUCACCCUGGAAGACUUCCCGUUUUUUGCCACCACCGUCAAAAUGGCGAGCAUACAUCCCUGCAAGCAUGCGCCUGUCAUGAAGACCCUUCUCGACCGGGCUGACGCGGCGCUCAAGCUGCGGAAGGAGAGGCAGAAGGCUGGCCAGGCAGCAGGCAGCACUCAGGGCCUGGAGGGGCUGGAGGCCCAGGUUGGCAAGCUCAGCGUCAGCCCGAACGCUGCGGAUGCCCCUAUCGACGCCAACGAUGAGUGGGAAGAGGUACAACAUGACGUUGCCGACCAGGAUGUGGCCAUCCGUGUAGACCAAUACCUGGUAGUGUUCUUGAAGUUCAUUGCCAGUGUUACACCCGGUAUCGAGCAUGACUUCACCAUGGGCGUGUGAUAUCCCGGUCUGGUCUUUGACGGUUUCCUUGUGUCGGUAUGGCGUUUUUGGGUUGGAUGCGGCUCGUUCAGGUAUAGAUGGCGAUGGGGCAGAUAUGGACAGAUGGAGUACCAGGCGCAUAGCAGUAAGCAGGUAGGCGGCAAGCAGCAUGAUGGCAACACAAAUCAAACAGAACAGAUUGGUCAUGACUAGACCUGUAUUCAUUA